UGCGGGGUUCUUGGUGAAGGCGCAAAACAACGUUCCCCGAAUACAAGAUGACCAGGAGAGAGAGGGGAGGAAGAUGGAGGAGGGACAGGUGGAAGGAAGGAGUCUUGGAGGUUUCUUUAAGCGGAGAUCCACCGCAGACGAGGAACCAACGCCGGUACAAGAUGCUGCACCCACUACAGACGGUCCAGAACUCGAAGAGUUCGGCGAGAAAUGCGAGAGGUGUGGACAGUUCUUCGUCGACAAGCAGGAACAUGACGAUUACCAUUUCGCAAUGGACAUGGUCGCGGAAGAACGGCAGCAAGCGAGGACGCAACAUGAACAGUCAGUGGGACACAGAGAAAAGGAUAGGGAACCUGCGAAGAAGAAGGUGAAGGUUGAAAAAGGGCAGACCAGGUUGUCAUUUUUCAAGUAAGCACGCAUGGGUAUUGGAAAGGGUUUGGUAAACGGCGUUUUUGAAUUGUCUAGGGGU